UAUUAUUCGGGGGUAGUAGAAGUCUUUCAACAAAGGAAACGAGUACCCUGAGUGGAGUUAGAGGAAGAGAGGCAAUAAGUCGCGUGCGGGGGUGUGUCGUCAUGCGGACUCCGCACUUCUAACAGGCCUGGUUCUGCUGUCCUCGAUGAGAUUGGCUUUGCAGUGUGCAGAUGGCUGUCUCGCCCUCUUUCAAUUCAUGAAGAUCGAUUCAUGUUUUCUUUUUCCCAUGCUUUGUGUUUCUCUUAGUUGUUUAUUCCGCGCGCCUCUGCUCCUGCUUGAGCGCAUACAUGCGUUUAUGUUCAACUACCAUAUCGUUUAUUUCGAUUCUGAACGUAGCAUGACAUGGCUGAAUGACAUGUAAGACUUGUAAGAAAAUAGGACACAUUGUGUCGACCCAAGACGUGGUAUUUGGAUGGGAGUGGGGCA